AUGUUUAUAAAAUAUUUUUAUGCUUAAUUAAAGUUUAUUAAUUCUGAUAAAACAGACACUAAAGAAUUGUAUUUAAGUUCAAACGGUAGUAAUGUAAGUGAAAAAUAAGCAAUAGGAAUAAGCGAAGCUUUAGCUCAUUACAAAAACUUAAUAAGCUUAUAAUUAUUUUUCUAGUAAUUUUUAAUCAGAUUAUAUUUUUUUGGAUUAAUAACAGAUAUUUAACAUCAAAUAACUUACUUAUUUGUUAAUGCCUUUUAAAUUUUAUAUAUUAAAUAGAAUAAUAAGAAAUUUAAAUAUAUUGUUAAUCAAGUUAUUGAAAUUCCGCUGGCUGGAUACAUAUAUACAUAAUAUCAGCCGAAUUUCAAUAAGUUUUUAUUUAAAAAUUGA